AUGGCUCCAGAUACUUUUCCAAAAUUCCUCCAACUCCCCAAAGAGAUUCAGAUUCUCAUCUGGGAAGCCGCAGUCUGCCCAGUUCCGGGCGAUCGCCACGUUCACCGAUUCUAUAUCGCCGACUAUCGUGUUCUCCAGCCAACUCCCAUGAAACCGAUACAAGGGAGAUUUCUUCGCUUGCUACGCACCAAGAAGUUCGAAUACGAGUCUAUGAACAUUGCUCCAGGGCUUUCACUAGCUGUCCCAAUUGAUGAUGUUGCGGGCAACCCAAAUGACUCCGUCUACCUGACAGACAGCUCUCUCUGGACUAUUUGCAAGGAAUCACGUCAGGCGAUGGAAAGACGUUUCGGUAAGAAUGAAUGGUGGUCACACGUCAAGUCUCCCUUCCACCCAAAACGUACCACAGAGCCAGGCCAAUAUAUCGGCCAAAAAGGUGCCACUCAUACGGCAUCUUACCAAGAAAACGAUGGUGUCGUCAAGCAUAUCACAGUAGAUUUCGACAACGAUCUCAUCCAUCUUGAUCCUCGAUGGCUUAGCCAUGUGGAUUGGUGGCAUGUUAGCCCAAGCGUCUUUCUAUCUCUAUUUGACGAAGGCCCCUCCCAUGAAAGAUCAGGAUUCAGCUUCGUAGGGAGCAACAUUGCGAUGGAUUAUGACCCCUCGAUUAUGGAUACACUCAAGAACCGCAGGGUUCACUACAACCAGAUAGGAUUGGGGAUGACCCGUGGAGCUUUUCAAGACAUGAUCAGUUAUUUCCUUGACGUUGCCAAGCUCACGAUUUGGUACAUCGAUUACAGCUUGAUACGGGCACAGCAUUUCCCAAGAAUUUCAGAAGGGAGAAGAGGACAGCAAAAUAGGAACACGGAUACCCCAAGGGAGAUAUUCCGUUCAAAUGAUUUCAUCUACACGGAAGUCAAAAGAGAAGACAUCGGUACCGCGUGGUUCGUAAGCAACGGCGACGAUGAAGCCGACUGUGGCGAGACAGAGACUGCUUUUGACAUGUUUGACAUUCUAUCACUAGACGGUGCCCUAUCACUCGGCGAUGAUGAUCUUGGUCAUUUUCGGGUUCUAGCUUGUGAACCAGUGGUUGGAAGAAUGACUCGACCGCGUACACCGUGGGCACGGAGAUGCGUUGGUGAUGAGACCUGCGAGACUUGUUAUCCCGACAAGAUUGUGCCUCGUGUGCCACCGUCAACUAUAAGACGAAACUCGGAAACUUCAUCAGAUAUUUCCAGCUCAGACUUGAAUUUAUUUGAUUGA